AUGGCUAAUCGUGGUUCUACUUAUAGUAUGGGACAUGAAUAUUUGAGUUCAGAUUCUGUAGAAUAUUGGGAUUUUAGUUUUCACGAAAUCGGAAUAUACGAUAUUUCAGCUAAUAUGGACAUGAUAACGAAACUUACAGGACAUGUGAAGAUGCAUAUUAUAACGCACUCUCAAGGUUCUACCUCCCUCUUGGCUCUAUUAUGCGUUUUGCCAGAAUACCAAGACAAAAUAAUAUCUGGCAAUUUAUUGGCUCCCAUUGUUUUUUUGGAACAUGCCACCCUGAUUUUAAUACCUUUAUUGAAACAGUUUGUAAGCGAAAUUUGGUUUCUAGGCAAAGCAUUGCAACUUAACAGAGGAGUUUUCACUUAUAAUCCCUUGUAUACAGAAAUAGGAGUCUUACUUUGCCACGAAACCUCUCCAAUAAUCGAAUUAUGCAUAAAUGCUUUCGGUAUUUGUGGUAACAAUCCUACUCAAUUGAACGCUUCAAUGAUAACUAGAAUCUUAUCAAACUCUCCAGCAGGAGGCUCUUUUAAAUCCUUGAUUCACUAUCUUCAAUUGGCAAAAGCAAACUGCUUCCAGCAUUUCGACUAUGGUUUGAGAAACUUGCAUAUCUAUGGCCAAUUCCAUCCCCCAGCCUACAAUUUGAGCAGUAUUAAAACUCAUUUAUUGAUAUGGUUUGGCCGAAACGAUUGUUUGGCAGGAGCAAAAGUGAGCUUGUUUAUUUUAAAUUUAUUAUUAUUAUUUGAUUUUCUGUUGUAG